UAAAAAACGAUAAUGAGAAUAUUGGUUAUUGUGGUAUUAGCCCUCACAGUGAUGGCAGCCCAAAAAAAGAAGAAGUACAUUUACAAACCACUUCUAAAAUAGAGUCACACCAAACUUAAUUCACAUUGACAACAAGGCAUAUUAAAAAUAACAUGCAAAAAUUGAAUAUGAUGUUGAUUCAUUUACUAGUCCCAGAACUCAGUAACUUAAGACUGCUCAGAAAAGAUAAGAUAGCAGCUUAAAAAGAGCCAUCCUACACAGCCAAUAGACCACUGGAUUUGUUCAGGUUUAAUAAGAAACAGAUCAAUUCAUCCUCAUGAACCAAGAUGAAGAUGUACCACAAAUUCACAUAAUUUAGCUCUCUUCCGAAUUAAUGACUGAGUAACAAAUCCAAUAAGCUUUAUUAACAGCCGAAGACUUUAACAAUGUCCCCAACAUUGAGAUGCAAGCUGAAUCAAACUACUAAGCUCCAGAUGUAGCUCAAGACGAUGUCAAUGAAUCCUAUUAUAUUCCAGUUGUCACUGAAGGAGAUGGCACAUUAGAGGAGGUUCAGAACUCUGAUGAAGAACCCCAAUAAAACCCAGAUAUCGAGAUGCCUUCCUUGGAUGAAUCAUCAUCAUCGUUCCUUCAAUGAGAAAUUAAAUAUCCAACAUGUUUAGAC